AUGCCGAUGAUCUCCACGGGCUCGGGUGCCAUCGACGUGAUGUCGAAGCUCUUGCAGGAUCGGGUGCUCAUGUUGAACGGCCAGGUGAAUGAUGAGAUGGCCAAUGUACUUGUGGCGCAGAUCUUGUUCCUGGCGAACCAGGACAGCCUGGCCGAUCGGCCUGGAGACCAGCUGUGA